AUGGCUGCACCAACGAACCUAAACAUUCCCGCCUCGGAUGCGACCGUCAGCGUCAGCAUCAUCAACACCGGAGCCAGGAUCCGCCUGCCUUUGGCCGGCUUCAUGGAGCCGCCAAUCGAGGGCCACACUCAUCUAGAUGCUCCUGCCUAUUCCUUCCUCAUCGAGCACCCGCAGCACGGCAAACUGCUCUUCGAUCUAUCCAUACGUAAGGACUGGAAGAACCUCGCGCCGGCCAUUGUGGGUCAAACCGACGGCGAUGCCCUCAUCGAAGUGGAAAAGGACGUACUCGAUGUCCUAGAGGAGAAUGGAAUCGCAUCCACCGAGAUCAAGUCCGUCAUCUGGAGCCACUGGCACUGCGAUCAUAUUGGAGACUCUUCCCGACUCGCCAGCUCCACCGAGCUGGUCCUCGGCAAGGGUUUCCUGGACGCCCUCACUCCAGGAUACCCCGUAAACCCCAACAGCCCGUUCUUAGAGUCCGACUACAAGGGCCGAAAAAUCCGCGAGAUCGACUUCUCCACGCACCCCAACCGCCUCCAGCUGGGCCGCUUCGACGCCAUCGACUUCUUCGGCGACGGCAGCUUCUACCUCAUCAACACCCCCGGCCACGCCCUCGGCCACGUCUGCGGCCUCUCCCGCACGACUCCCACGACCUUCAUCCUCACCGGCGGCGACGCCGCGGGGCACCACGGCGGCGAGCUGCGCCCCUCGCCCUACCUCCCGCUCCCGUCGCAUCUCUCUCCCUCGCCCUUCUCCCUCCCUCGCCCCUUCCAGCCCGGCACCGCCUGCCCGGGCUCGCUCCUCGAGCAGCGCAUCCAAGCGCCGCGCGGCCGCGACCCCGGCGCCACGACGCCGUUUUACAAACUCGCGCCGACGGGCAUGCCGGACUUCGAGCUCGACGUGGCGCAGGCGACGGUGGAUUGGCUGGCGGCGUUUGAUGGGGACGAGCGCGUCUUGGUGGUCACGGCGCAUGAUGCGAAGUUGAAGGGGGUGGUGGAGUUUUUUCCCAAGACGGCGAAUGCGUGGAGGGAGAGGGGGUGGAAGGCGGAGGGGUUGUGGAGGUUUUUGGAGGACUUUAAGGGCGCGGUGGGGGAGGAGGGUGGGGAUGAUCAGGCGGCGGGAGGGGUGUAG